CUCACGCCUCACGAUUAGAAAGCCAAAUCUCCCGAUUUUCCAAAAAUGUCAAUUUUUUUUUUUUUUUUUUUUUUUUUUACGUUUUUGUUUGUCACCGUUUUGUAACGAUAGCAUUCGGCCCGAUUCGGAAAGUGACCAACAACGAAUAGCCUGGCCGUCUCCGACUUCCCCGCCCUCACUCCCCUUCAGAGCUGGAAAAGCCCAACCAAUCAUCUGACAGGGAGGGAAGAGGCGAAGCACCACCGACUUCCCGAGAUGCUGGCACUAAUAAACCGGCUUUUAGACUGGUUCAAGUCUUUAUUUUGGAAGGAAGAGAUGGAGCUUACCCUGGUCGGCCUCCAGUAUUCGGGAAAAACGACGUUCGUCAACGUAAUUGCAUCUGACGAAACCCUAAUUGGAGUGAUGGUUGAUGAGAUGAAGAGGCUGCUGAGGAAGCUGAUGUCCAAAUUUGUGCAAAUGGAUGUGAUCAGGAAAGCUGAGGAUAUCCUAGAUGUUGAUUACAGGAACAAGGAGAACUGGCAUGACACAGGCAACAUAGCAGUAUCACAUGAUGCCAGACAAUACAUGAAGCAAGUUGAAGACUAUCUCUGAUGCCCCCAAAAAUAGGUUCUUUGACAGUGUAGUUAAUUUUUACACAAGUGUUGUGACCAAAAUGAACUUGAAAAAAAAUGAUUGCAUUUUGUCUUAGCGAUUGUCGCGCGCGCGUGCGUCAUCGGGGUUGGCAAACAGAAAUCUCCCUAUUUGCAAUUUCUACAACUUAACAGGUAUGAUACAUCAUAAUGAAACUGAACUGAGUUCACUCAAAUUUUCACAGUGUGAUCUAAUGACAUUGCCAGCAGGUUAAUGAACCACUCAAAUGGCAGUGGUUGGAAUAUUUGGAAUUGGUUAUCGGGUAUUUUGAAAUUUUGAGAUUGUUGAUCAUCAAGUCCAGUUCAAAGCAGGCAUCACUCAGUUCAAUGUAUGCAAUCUAAUCACUCCUAUUGUUUGACAGGGAGGCUCCUUCCACGUAGCUAUUGACUGAAUGGGCACUAAAGCUUAAUAGCAGAAUCUACUAUCCUUAUCUUUUAUGGCACUCUUUUAUGCUUCUCUGGAAACCAUUUGCUAUAAGAGAAAAGAACUUUCUAAUAGUUUAUUGGAUAGU